AUGGGGAUACCCGACAUUGCAAGCCCAGGCAAUUCCGGCAGUGUUCACUUGGAUCGAUGCGAAUUGCAAGAUGUAGAGUAUGUUGCUGUCACCGAAAAUCCGGUCUGGUGCAAGGCCAUGCUGGAGCUUCUGGAUAUGGUAGCCUGCGCUAUUGUGGAGAUUGAUACCGCUGCAGACAUCAUUGAAAGCAAGAACGCGACGUACAAAACCGCUGUAUGGCUGGUGGACCAACUGGGUUUGGAAGUCAACGGUCUUGCCGUUGCAGUGGAUGCCAUGGCAGUGGACACCAUCGCCGCCCCUACGAUGCCUUGGGAUGGGAGAGCUGGAUUGGCUUGA